GGAUUGUAUACUUACAUAGACCAUGAGGAAACAUUCAGCUGGACCCCCAUAAAUUUGCUAUAGAAGACACCCCACCCACCCGAUUUAUUGGAGACGAUGACUUUUAGUUCCCAACUAUGAGAGAAAGGAGGAUUUCUGCCAGGUGUCUAUCGUGACACGGGUAUUCUAUGUUCCCAUGUGUCCUUCUGAUGAUAAAGGGGUACCUAGUGACGGCACAUAUGCAACAAUGGAGGAUGACGGAAGCUCUCCUGACAGGCAGCCAAACACCGCUGAAACUCUACAAGCCAGCUCACCAACCUCACCCACUGAACCCCUCACGGAUAAAAAGCGGGCACCUGUGGGGACAGAUGGACUGCCCACCCAUGUUCCAGUUAUCAGCCUGGGACACAGCAGAGUGGCUCUGCGUCCUGAACUCACCACUUUACGCCCUGUACCCUCCUUGAUGCUGGCACUGCCAGGGAUACGGGGGCCGUUAUUUCCACCUCAGUUUCAUGCUCACCCUUUUCUUCCCAGUCCCUACCUACGUGCCUCUAACCUGAUCCCAAUCUUUUCUGGGAGGUUUAAGAGAAGAAGCCAUUCUGACAUCAUGGAAGCGCCCUUCAUAGUACGACAGCCACAAAAAGUCGCCCGUCGGGUCUUCACUAACAGCCGGGAACGCUGGAGACAGCAGAAUGUUAAUGGUGCCUUUGCUGAGCUGAGAAAACUGAUCCCCACCCAUCCGCCUGACAAGAAGUUGAGCAAGAAUGAAAUCCUUCGUCUGGCUAUGCGAUACAUUACUUUUCUGGUUGGCUUGUUGGGCGACCAACACAAUUCCCCUCCUAAAACAUCUCCCUCAAAGAGAAGAUACACUCAGACUGUCCAUACUUUGGCUCCCAAGGUCAAAGAGAGUCACAGCCCUUCUGCUGACCUGCCUGUUCUGGGAGAUGAGGAAAAAAACAGACGCUUUGAGGGCACCAUGUCCCCAAUGUCUGGGAGCUGUGGGGACAGCAUAGAGACUGAAGAAGAGGAAGGUGACAGAGAAAGCAUUUCCUCUUCAACAAGCACAAAAAUGACUCUGAUCACAUCAGAAGUAAGAGAAAGUCGGUGAGGACUGUGGACGGAAGGAGGUCUGGUAGCUUUUCUUGAGUUAGGCUGAACCUCCUUCACAACCUCACUUCAUUGAAUGGACCUUCUAAAAUGAACAUCACUUAUCAGACUGUCAGAUAUUUUUUUUUUAUUAUAGUGUUGACUGCCCUGUGUAAACACAGAUAAAUAAACCUAAGGUUGACCAUAUGGGUUCAGCCAGCAGCUACUUUUCCUGACUCCUCAUAUACAUACAAGUUUGGCUUGGCCAAACAUGCAUUUGUUCUCAAAAGGGAGAGGGGCAGUAACUGCUGACAGAUACCUCUAGUGGCAGCCUCUGUCCCUUGAGAAAAAAAGGAUUGGGCAUGUUUCAAUCAAACUGCCUUAUCUUUCUUUCCCCCAACACCUUCCAUUGGGGGAGAGUGUGGACACCAUCAUACACAUUUGAUGGUUGGCUGGUCCAGCCGAAAUUGGAGAGUUGGGCCAACAUCCUUCUAAUGUGUAUGACCACCUUAAGUCCAAUUUCUUCAAAGGACAUUAUCACAUGCAACUGUAUGUUCCAUGUGAGUGACUGACAUUGGAAUUUAAAGAGUAAAGGAGGAAAAUGUAUAUGUUCCUAUGUACUGCAACUAAACACUUCUGCCUUCUGACUGAAUAAAUGAGGGUUAGUACACAGCAGGCUCAUUUACAAGUCAUGCAUAACACAUUUUUCUCUGGGAUAGUGUAGUAAUAUUGGCAACCUGCAGGUACUGUUGCUGUUCAUAUAAGGACAGGAUUAUGACAAAGUUAUGGUAGUAUCACUGAAUUGGGAAUAAGUCGAGUAAGGAGAACAUCUUAGAAGUUUACCCUCUAAGAAAUAAACCUACCAAUGGUAGCCAUUCUCUAAGGGUUUAUGUAGUCUUCAAUACUUGGACUGUCACGGAGAAAAUAUCAGUUGUGAUCCCGUUUGGUUCUAAUGGCAUAUAAGCCCUGGUUGGACAUGUCAUGAUGACAUGAUAAAUAACGGGUGCCUGAAGAUAUCUGCUUGUCAUCAGGCUAAUAUGCUGUGACCAUUAGUAAUUCUGGGGGUUUGGCAUCAUUCACACUUGUGAAUCUCUCCACUCCUGGUGUGAAUGAGGUCUUACAGUGAAGGGCAUAUAAGGCUAGUUUUACAGUUGCGUUUAUUGGAUCCGGCAGGCUGUUCUGGCAGAGAAUAGCCUGCCAGAGUUCACCAGGUUGUGGCAGCGGUAAACAGCAAUAUCCGGCUAGGCCAGAUCCAUUGAACUCUGGCAGGCUGUUCUCUGCCGGAACGUAAGCGAAUGUAGCCUAAGCUAUACCAGCAUCCCAAACAGGGGGACCCAGUUUGGGUUAGCAUGUAAGAAGGAAACAGCUAUCGACUAUGAGCUUCUACAAUGGAGGGUAAAAAGAUUUAGGCCCUUCUGUACUACAUAUGCCCUUCUCCACUCUAUGUUCGUUACUGGUUACACUAUUGUUUUCUUGCCUAGACAUCACUGUACAAUAUGACUACUUGUAAUAUGAAUGACUGAAAGCCUAAUUUGUACUGGAUUCCACUGGACGAUAUUUUUGGCUGCCUCGUAUAACAUGUUCAUGGAAUAGCUGCUGCACUAUCACAGGAUUACAGCUCUUGCUGCCAACAGUUGUGUAGUUUUGUUUUUCUAGAAAUACUAAUUCAGCAGCUGACAGAGCGGCCUGGGACCUGAGCUAUUUAAUAACCUGAACAAAAGAAUGGACCACGUUCCACUGAGUGACCUUGUAGAAAACAAUUACUGGAAUGCAGCGCUGGAGCAUGAACAAUAUGGGCUUCCCAUGGAAUGACACUAUAUAAACUGCAGAGCCCACAAUCACUGCUUCCCAUAAUGCUUUGUGACAAAACAAGAAAAAGAAAGUGCAAACGAUGACGUGUGUUUUUUUUUAUUGACCAAGUGGCUUCCUAAAAUGUCUUUCUGCAUUAAAUUUAGAAUAUAAUUUUCUAGGAAUUUAGAAUCCUAAUUACAAAAGUGGAAUCUGUUACUUCAUACACAGGGGCUUAAAG